UGAUGUGACCCGUGGUUCCAGCUGAGAGGGUGAACAUGCGCGGCGUGGCCAACCUGACCCUCAUCCUGGACAACUGGAGGUUCGACAUCCUCGGCCAGAUGAGGGGCCUGCUGCAGAACGACCACCAGGCGCUGCUGCCCGACUACGCCAGGAUCCAGCCGCUCUCCGAGGCUCUCGACGACCUCUACAAGGAGUUCAACGCCCUCAAGGCUCACCUCGGCGACCUCACUGAGAAGUUCUCCGCAAUAGAGACCUUCAUCGACGAGGUCAAGGCUGACCGCGCCAACGCCGCCCAGGCCCCGCCCCCUGUACCCCCUGUCCCCAGACAGACCGGGAGGAGGCUGAUAAAGAAGAAGCCCACUUCCUAGGCAGCCAACGUUCUUCUUCUUCUUCUUCUCAUGUCUAUAAUCGUUCAUGGUACUAAAUCUACCAGUAUAAACAACACAAUACACAUGUUAUAUCAUAAUAGAGGAAGUUGCAAUUAGCAACUGAUGAGUUCUCUGGACGCAUUGCAUUGUGGGGUUUUUAUCGCACUAUGCAUUGAAGUUUCACACAUUCAAAUAAAAAGGUUUUUGGCAGACUGGAGGACAACAGGAAGUCCACAAUAAAACCAACAUAGUAACAAAAUAAAACACACUAUAGUCUAGUCUAAUGUUUGGUUCAACCUCCUUCUUCAACUUCACAUAUUGAGUGAAUAAACUUAUUGCAUUGA